ACGGGGUGAUGGAGGCGCGUGCAGUGCAGUGUGUGGGCUGAGCUGCAGCUCCCUCAUGGAGGCCCUGAUGCUCUUCAGCUGCUCAUGUACAAUCCCACACAAGCUCUGGAUAUCAACAUUCAGACUCGGGGAGAGAAACUCCGGCGCUUUCACGGAGCUCUGCUGUGUGUUUACAGAGUGACGCGGAAAGCGAUCCGCAGCUCGCCUCCUUCCAUCCAUCCAUCCGCCUCGGUUUUUGUUUUUCCACACCCGUACUCUGUAAAAAAAAAUCCCGCCUCCUACGCGUGCCACGUCAUGAGCAUAAAGACACAUUCUGAUUGGCGAACUCAGCGCGAGCACGAACCAUGAACCAAUCCCAGAUCGGCAUGACGACACGUCAGGGCGCAGAAGGGCGGGAUUUUCUCGGAAGCGGGUGCGGAAAAAAAGAAACCCACCAGGGCGCUCGAGAAUCCAUUGAAGCCUGCAGGAAGUGUGUCGAACAGGGCUGAGGGGAAAAAAAGAAAAAGAGCGUCGUCGCUCGAGCGCUUUCACUGAGGCGGAAUACAAAUAAAAAAAUUAAAAAAUGGCGAGUUUAUAAUUCACGCGCGCAGAUUAGCGAAGCACAGAGCUCCUGAUCGGGUCUCCUGCACUCCGAUGUUUCACAAUACGGUCACUGCAGCAUCAGGACAGACAUAAGGACCUUCAUUUCAGUUGACGCCCAGACCUCCAGAAGUUGGAAUGUGGAAUCUGAUCCAGUGUACAACAGGCACUGGCAAGCAGCCGACUGAAUCUCCCCCAUCUGGCGCCCUGCUCUGUCCAGACGCUUUCUGAACUGCCGGGAUCCGAGUGGAUUUGAAAGGCUGACUGGAGCGAAAAAUCUGCCUCCCAGGUUACCGGGGCCACCUGAACAGCAGCAGCAGCAUGAUGGCGGGCCACGACCAUGACAAGCAGAAGUCUCCAGGUUCUGAAGAUGCUUGGGACAGACCGUUCAAGUGUGACCAGUGUGACAGGACCUACCGGCACCAUGGCAGCUUGGUCAACCACAAGAAGUCCCAUCAGGAAGGCACUUACAAGUGUACAGUCUGUUACAAGCAGUUCAGCAAUCUGGCAGCGCUUGGGGCCCAUGAGCGCACCCAUUCCAAGUUCAAGCCUCCUGGGAUGUCCAUGGGAAGCCUUGUGCCCGAAGCGUCGUCUGAACAUCGCCCCCCUGCCUCCCAAAACGAUGACAUGGCAGCCUGCUUUUGCCACCUGUGCCAGAUUUCUUUACCCAAUAAGACUGACUUUCAAGAGCACAUCCUGUUGCAUAACGCUGCAUCGUCGUCGUUGGGGCUGACGCGUAGUUUCCCAGGGAUAGUGCCUCACAAUCUCAGCACUGUCCGUUCCCCAGCAGUAAAUCCAUACACCCCAGCUCUUGGUGACCCUCUUCCACUUCUCCCUUUACCUGACAAACGUUAUGAUCAGAUGCUAGGUCCUCCUGUCAACAGUCCCAUUUAUACAUGUGCAUACUGUGGGUCUGGACAUUCCGAUGUGGAAAGUCUCAAACUGCACUACUUGACCCAUGAAUCUCACCCCCCACCCCACCCCCAAGUAGGAUCCUCAAUCCUAAAUUCAGAUGGCCUGGGCUCCAACUCCCAAUCAUCGGUGUCCUCGCCCCGUGGGGAAUCCAGAUCCCAGCAACAGUCCUCAUCCAUUGAAGAUGCAGACCGCAGGUUCAAGUGUCAAGAAUGUGGAAAAAGCUAUCGGCAUGCAGGGAGUCUUGUUAAUCACAAGCGCUGUCAUCAAACAGGGCAGUACCAAUGCACCAUUUGCUGUAAGGAAUAUCCUCACCUUGCAGCGCUUCACAGCCACCUCCGCAGUCACAAAUCCCACCCAAACUCUCAGGGUAUGAACUCAGAAGGUGACUGGCUCUCUUCCGAGCCCAUGACAGGCCUAGAUUCUCACCAAGGCUUUGUGCAUUCUCAGGAUCAGGAGAAUGGCACGACAACCAUUGGUAAUCUCGGUGAUGCUACCCAUUUUGUUCCAGACAGUGGCCAUAGCGGCAGCCUUGAUUCCUUGGGGUUCCAUGACCGGUUUGAUAGUUCACUGGCUCAGGGCAACUCUGGCCAUCCGCAAAAUAGUCGCCAAUCAGACCGGAACAUGUGUGCUGAGCAGGGCAAUAUGUCUAAUGGCUACAUGGGAAACAUGGGCUUCCACAGUUCAAGUGGGACCUCUUUGCCAGCAAGCAACUCCAGCCUCAAAGAAGGCACCCGCCAGCGACGUGGACAAGAGCAAUAUGGAGGAAGUCAAGGAGGCCAGUUGAAGAGAAUUGAAGACAAAGACAAUGGUGAAGUCUACCAGUGCACAGUCUGUGGGAACCAUUAUGCAAGUCUUCGGGCCCUUCGUAGCCACUUGCGCAGCCAUGACAUGAACCACGGUGCCGGACCUUCCUCCUCCCUUACACCUGUAGGUGAGCAAGAGUGGAGGAGGCGGCAAGAGGGUAGUCAAGCCAGCCUGCUGGUUUGUAGUAUAUGUGGCCAGACUUUCAGUAAAAAACACGACCUUCUUAAUCACCAGUUGGUCCAUGGACCUCCUCGGCCAGGUGGCUCUGGACAGGGCUUGGGGGGCGGCAGCUCUAGUGCUAAUGGCAAAAUGGAUGGAAGGAACCACAUUUGCGUUGACUGUGGCAUGUUCUUUGCAGAUCGCCAUCACCUGAUCACUCACCUGUGCCCAGGCAAGGGGAGAGGCGGAGUGCUGAGCAAAGACUUGAACGGAGCUAAAGGGAUGAGUGGUGGUGCUGGGACCAGCAGCAGCGCUGUGGGCCACCGGCAAAUGUCCAGCUCGGAUGAUCGGCCACAUAGGUGCGACCAGUGCGGGAGAGGUUACAGGCAUCCAUGCUCACUUCUGAACCACAAGAAAUCGCACAAGACUGGGGUCUUCCGCUGCCUUGUCUGCCAAAAACGCUACUACAACCUGCUGGCCCUCAAGAACCACCAGAGGACUCAUUUUGACUUAAAGAGGCACAAGUGUGAGGAGUGUGGAAAAGCCUUCAAAAUCCAAAAGCAGUUGAUCAACCAUCUUCGUCUGCACGAAGAGCACCGAGCCAAAACCGGAGGUCGAGUUCAGCGCAUCCAAAGCAUGAACCAACAUAAUGGAUCACGUUAUGAGGGAGGACCUUCUCAGAUGCAGCCGAUGAGAAUGGGGGACCCCAAAAUGCAGAACCCUUCCCAAAUGAUGCCCACAUAUGGCCAACCACAAGGUUUUAAGAAGCCGUAUGCCGGGGCAAGGGCCCAGCAAGUGGACGAUGGUAGUGGACGACGCCCUUUUGCCUGUGAUCAGUGUGGCCGCACCUACCGUCACGCUGGCAGUCUGGCCAAUCACAAGAAUCUGCACAAGAUCGGCGAGUACCAUUGCAAUGUUUGCAACUCCACCUACCCCAACCGUCUGGCUAUGAAGAACCACUUGCGUAUGCAUUUUGCUCUGAAGAAGUACACUUGCCAAGACUGUGGGCGAGGGUUUAGGAACCAGAGGCAGCUCGAAACUCACACUACCAACCAACUUUGCAAAGACCUUCCUGGUCCAAGUAUGCAGCAGCCAAUGCCGCCUCCCCCAAGCUAUGAGUGCAACGGAUGCUCUGAAUGUUUUCGAUCCUCAUCCGACCUUGCUUCGCAUAACUGCAGUGCCCAGCUUCCUUCAUCUUCAGCUUCCCUCAACAUGGAACCCGGGGACCUGGGCUCUCCAGAACGAGAGGAGCGGCCUUUCUCCUGCGACCUCUGUGGCUGCUCAUACAAGCAUGCCAGCAGCCUUCUGAACCACAAGAACACGCACAAGACAGGAAACUUCAGCUGCUCCUACUGUGACAAGCCCUACACCAACUACAUGGCGCUACGCAACCACAUGCGCAUCCACACGCAGAAGAAGAGGCACAUCUGCUCCACCUGUGGGAAAGCCUUCCGACUGGCCCGAUUCCUGCGCAACCAUCAGAGGGUCCACGAGGAAGGACACGCCCGAUUCACAUGCCCCACCUGUGGGAAGAGCUUCCAGGGGCGCUCUGGGCUUGCCAGGCACCGCUGCGGGGACAACCAGGUAGGCAACGAGUACGGAAGGAAGGACACUUCAAGCACUUCGAGAGAAGGGGCAGAAGAGUGCCGGUUCACAUGUGAGCAGUGCGGCCGUUCAUACCGUCAUGCUAGUUCUCUGCUGAACCACAAAAACACACACACCAUUGGCAUCUAUACCUGCGCCGUGUGCCUCAAGACCUACCCCAACCUGCUCGCUCUGAAAAAUCAUCGGCGGACCCAUUCGGAGAUACGGCGGCACCGCUGUGCGGAAUGUGGCAAGGUGUUCCGCACCUUCUCUCAGCUUCAGAACCAUCGCCGGCUCCACCAGAAGGAGCAUGAAUUCACCUGCACGCAGUGCCUGCGCACAUUCCCGAGUCAAACCAGCUUCCGAAUGCACCUACAGACGCAUCAUGGACGAGCCCAGAAAUCCUCGCACUACUCCCACCAGCAGAAUCCACAAGGUUCCUCUGGCGGUGGUUCAGAUCUCGGGUGGAGUUCUGGGCUUGACCUGACCCUGAUGCAGGCCUGUCACCAGAAUCCCGCACAGCGCAGCCGCAGUGACACAAGCCGCAAGCCGCACGUUUGCGAUCAGUGCGGGCGUGGCUACCGUCACGCCAGCUCCCUGCUCAACCAUAAAAACAGCCACAAGUCAGGCACCUACUACUGCAGCCCCUGUCAGAAAGAGUUCUCCAACCUGAUGGCGUACAAAAACCACCGCCGCAUACACACUGAGCCGAAGCGGUAUCAGUGCUCCGACUGUGGGAAAGCAUUCCGGGUUUCAACGCAGCUCGUGUGCCACCGUCGCAUCCACACCAAGGAAAAACCUUUCUCAUGCCAGCAGUGUGACAAACGAUUCUCCAGCAGGUCAAACCUGCGACAUCAUCAAAAAGUCCACUGGUCCCAUAACAGCAACGCUUCCAUGGGCACGUCGAAUUUCCUGGCCAUGCCAACUGGACCUUUUAUAUAAGACAAGAUGCACCUGGGGAGCCAGAACUUCUUAGUGGGGAACAGAGACGAGGUUUCUGGAGGUGCCAAAAAGUCAUUUCUAGAUAUUGUAGCUGUGAGGGUGGUGGUGGUGGGGGGUAUUGUUUUUCAGAUGAGCAGGUUGUUUAGGUUUUAGAGGACUAGCCAACCCACCCAUCCAUUUCCAUGCAGAAGUGAAAGAGCUAGGUUGUUUUACGUCACCUCUGUCCAUCUUAAAGGCUUCAACUCCCCUGAUUUACAUUCAGGAACCUAAAGCGAUCGCUCCAGAUCUUUGCAGCAGAAGUAGGCAUGUGCCGAUUGACAUUAAUCACCAUUUUCAACAUUUGUUUAUUUUCAGGGUGUUACAGCAGUAGUACUGACAGAAAUGAAACGUACACAAUCUCCUCCUUACACCCAGUACUCACAUACUUGGGCACCAGUCUUGGAUUUGGUGUAAGAGGCAUUGUGUACUUUUUAUUUAUUUAUUAUUAUUAUUAAUUUUUUUUUCUAAAUUGGAUCCAUUAUUUUACAAAUUGAUUUGAGCACAGAAAAAUGGAACAUGGGAAGAUUUUGUUUCAUGCACAAGUGUCAUUCAUAACAGGGCAUCGGCAUAUGGCUAACAAUGAGCGUAAAGAGUUUGCUGUGACGCUAUUCCAAUUAAACACGCAUGAUAAUCCAGAACAGCUUCAUAGAUCAUGUUAUAGAUCAGAUCUGUUUUUGAUUACAUCACACUGAUUAGAUUAUUCAUGUCUUGAUUUAAGCAUUCUUAAAGAAACUAAGUUUAGAGAGUCACCUCUUCAUCCUCUGACAGAUCACCAAUGGUUUCUGUAUCACGUAAAAAAAAUUAACUUGCAGCCCACAUCCUGGUGAAACACAUGCGUGUAAAAUACACAUUGUAAGAUUGAUGUAUGUGUAGGUUUUAGAUCUGACCGCAUUAUAGGUCAUAUUUGAAAACUGACUGCAGUCGCCAUGUUGUGUAGAACUCUCAAGGGUGUUUUGUUUUCAGUUCUCCCUUCUGAUGUUCUAAUUUUUUUUCUAACUUGUGUGUGACGAUGACAAGCUUCAAACCUUAUUAUUAAUUAUUACUCUUAUUAAAUAUUAUCAUCAUUCUACCGAUGACGGAAUUGCGGUUUGCUUUCUGUUGCGCGUUGUAAUUUUAAAGAGCCCUUGUUUAAAAAAAGAAAGAAAAGAAAAAGCAGCGCCUUAUUAGCUAGUGUAUAGAAAAUGAUAGGUCGUGCUUUUUGGAAAGAAUUAAAAAAACAAAACUUUUUUUUUUUUUAAAAAAGGCAAAAAGUGUAUAUUGAUAGGCUUGUACUGGCAUUUUGGUUUUACCUUGUAUUGUAUCGUACUUCUGACUGUAUUAUUUACAGGAACACUUUUAUAAAAACAUCACUGUAGUAUGCGUUUUUAUUUAUAUUAACCCCAUAAUGCUAGUUUUUAGGAAAUUUCCCUCCUCCACCCUUUUUUUUUUUUAAUUCUUUUUUUCAUUAUGUGACUGACUUGGAGUCGCAGAUGCCAGGAUUCCUAAGGAACACUUGUUCUUGUGACUAAUCGCAGUUCUCUCCUGGGUUUUAUGCUUUUAACGCGAUUGGGCUGUGUCUCAAAUCACUUCUUUCCCUUGUACAGUAGACAGGGAGCUGUAAUGAUGUGUGUUUCUCCCGACUGAGUGUCACUGUAUCGUUACUCCGUCCUCGUGACAGUCCUUCCCUCUGGAAAAAAAACAUGGAUGUGCCUCUGUUUGACACUUUUAAGGGAUCAUUUUUGUGAACAUUAAAAUCACUUGGGCAAUCUUUUC